CGUCCUGAUUAGUCGAUCAAACGGUACUUUAUCUCGCGCGUAGAAUUUUUGAACGCACUCUAAACUGAAUUUUUUGGAGCAACUCAAACUUGCCGUCAGUAUUUAAACACGGAGAUGGAUGUGAAUCGAGAGGAUAUUUUCGUCCGGAUAGAACGCGCGUUUCCAGUGCUUAACGGAAAGCUGCUGCAUACUAAAGAAGAAUGCACGGAGGAGGAGUUCGCAAAACUUGCGGAAGAUGUGCGAGUUUUGAAGCUGUUACAAUUUGUCGAGGACAUUGUUAUUCAUCAUAUAGAACAAUAUAUCCGUUGGUAUGUAGCACCAGCGUUCUGGGAAAAGUUCGAGAAUACAGAGGAUGGCCAACGAGGCUUCGAAUUAUUCAAAUCCGCAGUGGAUGGUCUGUACAUCAGUCUCACAGAGUUUCUACCUGUUCUAAGAAAGUUGGACUAUUUAAGACAGAACAAGGAUAUGGCUACGGAUCCAUCAAGCACAGAAAAUGAAAUAGAGGCACGAUUCAAGCUCAUCGUGAGAGCGACAUUGUUAAGCCAAUUACCUCUGUGUCACGAAUGUAUUAUAGCACAUUUCUAUAAAAUUGCCUUUAAUGUAUUCUGCAAUUCGGAUAACUCAUCGCAAGCAGAUAUAUCGGUUAAUGAGAUUCAGUGCAUUGGGUGUGCCCAGGGAGUCGAGAACUGUCAGUGCCAAAUGAUAGUUUACAUGUUUCACGAGACAAACAGAAAACUAAUUGAACUGAAAUUAUUGGAGAGACUCGUAGGAAAUGUACUCACAUCGUUAAUUCAUAUUCGUAUCGAGAAUCAUGUGAUUCAAACAUGCGACAAAACGUUUGACGUGUCGCAAUUGAUUCCAUUAGAAGAGUGGCUUGAAACUGUCGUCAUGAGUUGGCUAAUAAGAAUUUAUUCCGGUGGCUUUUCGAAAACGGUGGCACUUAGUGAUGAGAUUCGUAAUGCCAUAAAUAAAUUUAAACAGAAAUUAUCGCAUUUUCUAUAUGAAACAUACACCAGGAUAAGGAUCAAUCAUCUCUUUAAUAUAAUAAUAGAAUAUCCUGAGUCGCAACCUGCAGUGGACGAUCUCCGAAUUUGUCUUGAGAGAACCGAUCAACGGAAGGUCCUGGUUAAGAAUCUGCAGGAAGCGAUCAAAACGAGGCUUCUGCAUCCCGGCGUGAACACCCCGGAUAUAGUGACAGCUUACAUCGCCGCGAUCAAAGCGCUCAAGCAUCUCGACCCGACAGGAGUUCUUCUGGAAGCUGUUACGGAACCUAUCAAGAGUUAUCUGAGGAGCAGAGAGGAUACCGUACGUUCUGUCGUUAAUAGCCUGCUCGACGAUUCGCCGAGCGAGUUGGCCGACGAAUUGGUAAAGGGCGAGUGUCUGCAGCUGGACGACGGUUCGGCGGACGACGAGACUGAGGAUUGGGAAAAGUGGAUGCCGGAUCCAGUCGACGCUGAUCCCGCUAAAUCAACGCAGCGCAAGGUGUCCGAUAUAAUAUCUACGUUGGUGAACGUCUAUGGCAGUCAGGAUUUAUUUGUUAACGAGUACCGGACAUUGCUAGCGGACAGAUUGUUGUCGCAACUCAACUAUCAUACUGAACGUGAGAUACGUCACUUGGAAUUGUUGAAGAGACGAUUCGGAGAGAAUCAGUUGCAUUAUUGCGAAGUAAUGCUGAAGGACGUUUAUGAUUCGAAAAGGAUAGACGGUAACAUCCACUCCGACACUAGUUAUAAUCUGCAAAGGGAACUGUUUCCCACUUCUGCGCUCAUAUUGUCGGCGCAAUUCUGGCCGCCGUUUAAGGAAGACUGGAAAUUGAAACUACCAAACAUCGUGCAAAAUCAAUUGAAUAAGUACGUGAAGGCAUUCGAGGCCUUGAAGGGAAAUAGAACGCUCUGCUGGAAGCCUCAUUUAGGAAAUGUGAGCCUAGAAAUUGAAUUAAAAGACAGAAAGUUGGACAUAAACGUUACGCCGGUACACGCAACGAUUAUCUUGCACUUUCAAGAUAAAAAUGAAUGGGCUUUGCAAGAUUUAGCGGAGGUGAUGCACGCUCCGGCGACUGUUUUACGACGCAAAAUGACAUUCUGGGUGUCGCAAGGCCUUUUGAAGGAAACUGCCAACGAUGUGUACGUCUUGCAAGAAGAGAGUACGUCCAAGAAUCGCUUGUCGACGGACAUCGUCGAGGAGGAAGAGACCGAAAGCAUCAUGGCCUCGGCCAGCGAUCAGAGAGAGGAAGAACUGCAAGUGUUUUGGUCGUAUAUUGUAGGGAUGUUGACGAAUCUAGAUUCGAUGCCGAUAGAAAGGAUUCAUCAGAUGUUGAAAAUGUUUGCGUCUCAAGGGCCGGGCGCCGUGGAAUGUGGUUUACCGGAACUGAGGCAAUUUUUGGAUAGGAAAGUCAGGGAACAUCAACUAUUGCUCUCCGGUAGUUUCUAUCGAUUACCAAAGUCAUAAGUUUCUGUUGUCUCACUAUUUUAUUCUUGACGUUUCAAUACAUGAUUGAAACGGCAUUUGUAUAGUUUGUAACGAUAGAAAAAUAUAAUUUGUGAUAUUACAUUAAGAGCGAUAUCUGGUUUCAUACAAAAGGAUAUUUUUUUGACAGAGAAAUAAAGCUUAUACAUAAAUACUCCAAUAUAUUUCGCAUAAAAUGUAAAUAUUUAUCUUUUUAAUAGGUAAUUAGCAUACAUAUACAUGUUUUCGAUUAAAUAUAAAUUUUAUUUGUGUGUUCCUUUGAAAGUCAAAAGGAGGUUAUCGAGUAUUGAAAAAAUAUUUUUAUUGCCCGUUCAUCAUAAUAUUUAUACAUGUUUGCGUAUAAACUAUUUGCACUUUUAUUGCAAACCAUAAAUUUUCUUUCGUAAGUAGCAUACAGUAUAUUAUGAUUCACACAUAAUCAGAUCUUUCCGAGAUUUCAGAAAACAGAUUAGCUUCUCAUUGUCACUUACACAUUAAUAUUGCCACAUAUAUAUCCUGCACAUAUCUCAACAUUAAAAUAAAAUAUGAAACUAAAAAAUUAUCAUAUAAUAAAUUUCGGCAAAAAAACUAUAUAUAAUUAUAGAAUAAUAAAUGUAAAUUCGCAUGCCAUAUAAGAUCUAACAAGAUUGCUUGCACAUAUAUAUUUCCUUAUUUAACUUAUCUGUAUACAUAUUUAUAAAUAUGAUAACAGGGGGAUAUAUAAAUAAAUUAGCCCGAGAUUUACUUUUGCAGUGAUAAUAAAAAUAAUCAAGGGAAAAAUUUUUUAAAUAAUGAAAGGAUAUGUAUAAUAAAAAUAAUAAAAUAAUAUAUCUAUAUAUAUUGCAAUUAUGUUUAACGCAAAAGUAAAUCACGAUCGUAUUUAUUCGUAUCGUCCGGAUGUUCAACUGAGUCUCAGUGCAUAUGUAUAAUACAUUAUGUAUACAUGUGUAAUAAUUUAUGUUCUUACGCAUACAUAUAUUAAACAGCAUAUACAUAAAGAGUAUACAUAUCUGUUUUUGUAUAUAAUCGAUCGCGAAAUGCGCAAGUAAUUUGCGCUUUCUAAUAAAAAAGACAAUAAUAUUCAAAAUAUUUCUUUAAAUCAAUUAUUUACGUAAUAAUAUGUCGGAUAUUUAUGUUAUGAACAUAAGUAGAUUUCAGAUCACUCUUAAUGUGUAGCUGUAUGUGUGUAUGUAUGCUUUUCCAGCAUUUAUAUAUAUAUACACAAAGGACCAAGCUAUUGGUAUCUAAGAGGGAUUUUUCGGAUAAAAAUUCAAAAAUAUCUGUCGAGAAAGAACGAGUAUAACAUUUGACACAUGGAUGACUAUACAUAGGAUUUAUAAACGCGUGCAACUCUCUGAGAAAUCGUUCUUAAUCGUUACAUGUACAAUAUGGCAGACCUAAAAGUGGUGCAACUAAUACACAACGAUAAAAUCGAUAUUAAGUAAAUCACUCUCUCACGCAAACACUCUUGCACGUGUGUGGACAGAGAUUACAUACAUAUUUGUUUAUUCAUAUGAUUAUAAUAUCUUGUAAAUAAUUUUGCAGCACAACAGAUCGAUACCUCGAUCGUUUCUGCUUCAUCGUUUUGCUCGUCAUUUGAUGGUAUCGAUAUGUGUGUAUAUAUACACGUAUAUGUAUAUAAAUAUAUACAUAUAUAUGUGUAUAUAUAUGCAAAUACAUUCAAUGAUCCUGCGAUUCAAAAAUCGUAAAUUCUUGCAAUAUUUUCAAAUAUUUGAAAUUUUA